GUCGCGCGGGUCACGCGGCAGUUCGCGCGGGUCACGCGGAAGGUCGCUUAGGUCACGCGGAAGGUCGCCAAGGUCACGCGGAAGGUCGCCAAGGUCACGCGGAAGGUCGCGCGGGUCACGCGGAAGGUCGCGCGGGUCACGCGAGACGCGUGGAUAACGAAGUGGCUAGUGUAGGUGACUGAUCGUUGAAUUGUCAGCAACAAGCUGUCAAAAUUAUGCGGCUCAACCACGAGCGUGUCAGUCGGAGUCCGCGCCGAAGGGUGGCUGUGACGGCACUGAGGAUCACUACAGAGUAGCCGGGCAGUCGGUACGGCUGCAGCAGGAUGCGCCGACGGUCCCCUAUACUGCUGCUGCUGCCGCUGGUGUUGGCGCACGGCGCCGCGGCUGCCGUCGACUCGCCCUGCCGAUACGUGGGCACCGUGGCGCACUGCGAGGGCCGCAACCUGACCGCGCUGCCUGCCGGCCUCUCCUUCAACACCACGGCGCUGCUGCUGCACGGCAGCCGGCUGCAGCGGCUGGCGCUGGACCGACUGCGCCGGCUGCCGCGGCUGGGCCGGCUCGACUGCAGCGGUGCCGGCGUCACCAGCGUCUCCGGCGCCGGACUGACGCUGCCCGCGCUCCGCCAGCUCGACCUCAGCCACAACGGCCUGUCGGCCGUCACCGAGAGCAUGUUCCGCAGUCUGGCGGCGCUACGCGAGCUCGACCUGUCGCACAAUAGGGUGUCGCUGGUGGCAGACACGGGGCUGGUGCUGCCGCGACUCACUGCGCUCAAUAUGUCCCACAAUCGCCUCAGCUCGCUGUCCAGGUUCACCCUGAUUGAUCUAACCGAGCUACGCCAGCUUGAUCUGUCGCACAACGAGCUGCAGCACUUAGCUCGCGGCCCGCUGGUCGGCACGCGCGAGCUCACCCUGCUCGAUCUGUCCCACAAUCGGCUGAGCCGUCUGUCGACGGACGCGCUCCGCUCUCUGCGCGUGCAGACACUGGACCUGUCGGCGAACGUGUUUCGGCGGCUGCCGACGGCGGCGUUGAUGGCGCUCAAAUGGGCGGCCGUGCUGGAUCUGAGCGGCAGUCCGCUGCCGCAGCUGGAGACCGGCGCGCUGCGCAAGCUGAGCGUGCGCGAGGUGCGGCUGCGCGUGGCGCCGGAGCUGCGCCAGCUGUCGCGGAGCUCCGUCUCCGAGCUGCCGCAGCUGGAGCGGCUCGACCUGUCCGGCAGCCCGCGGCUGCAGUUUGUGCACCCGCAGUUCUGCCGCCGGGUGCCGCGGCUGCGCCACCUCCUGCUCACCGACUGCGCGCUGCUAACUCUGGCCGCGCCGCCGGGCACACCCUCAGCGAUGCGGGUCAGUCUCGGCGGCAACCCCUUGCGCUGCGACUGUUCCGUGCGCUGGCUGUGGCGGUCCGGUGCGCCCGAGCUCAGCUGCACAGACCGGCCGCCGGAGCGGUGCGCUCCAUUCGUGCUGCCCCUGCAGGAGCGUCAGCUGACCGCCCAGCUGGGAGACACGACGCGGCUGGCGUGCGCCGCCACCGGACUGCCAGCACCGCAACUCGACUGGACCCUGCCCGGCGGCGGCCUCCUGGCGGACGGCGUCUGCCGACGACGCGCCUGCCUCCGCGACGGUACCCUGGUCUUGCUCUACCUGCACGCCGAGGACUCGGGUGUUUACACGUGCACCGCGCACAGCGAGCUGGGCACCGCUCGGCGCGCUGUCCACCUGCACGUGCGCGCGCCGCACGUGACGCUGGUGCCCGUGUCGGUGACGUCCACCUUCGUGACGGUGUCGUGGGAGGUGCGCGGCGGCAGCGUGGACACCAUCCUGCUACAGCAGGAGGCCGGCUACUCGGGUGGCAACACCUCCUACCUGGUCACCAGCGCCGGCGUGCCGCCCCAGUCGUUCACAUUCUCACGACUGCGGCCCGCACACAACUACACGUUCCGGCUGGGUCUGCGGCGGCGGCAGCACGUGAUCGGGCUGAGCUCUCUGCGCGUCACCACCGCGCCGGCCGGCUUUUUGCGGCGGCGCGGCCGGCGGCGCAGCUACGUCAGCCUGCUGGCCGUGGCCGCGCCGGCCGGCCUGCUGCUGCUGGUGUGCCUGACGGCGGCUGGCUGCCGGCUACUGGCCAGGCCGCGGCGGCGCGCGGGCGGCGGGCAAGGCUCCUUGCUCAGUCCUACCUCUACGGGCUCGGACGUGGCGUUUCUGAGCGCGGCGCAGACGGCGGCUGCCGCUCAGCGUGACCAGGAGCCGCCGGAGACGCCCGACUCUCCCACAGCGCCGGCGGGGACGCACAGCGCCGCAGGGUAUGUCAGUCUGCCGCAGCUGACCGGCGACGGUCGGGAUGUGUAGGCUCAGCCCACGGUGGGGCCGACUGGCUAGUGCCGAUCGGACGGCAGAGCGAGACGCGACGGACAGGGGAACCAGACAGAACAAACGGAUAAACCAGACAGGACAGAUGGGUGAACUAGACAGGACGGACGGGAGAACCAGACAGGUAGGACGGACAAAUCGAUCAAGCGUUGUCGAACGUGUGAACCAGGCAAGGUGGCCGAUUAUAGUUGCGGCUCUGCCGUCAACAUGCGACGGAGAUGGCAUUGACUUAAAUGACGACUCACUGUAGAGUGAAACAGCCUCUUCAGCUGGCGGGCCCUCUAAAGGGCUAACUCAUCAUCAUUCGACGAUUCCUGAGCCGUGGAUUUAGAAGCUCAUAUUUUUGUCCCAGGUAAAAAUAGGCUCUUCCGACCAGAUAGGUAUGAACUAUAAACAUACAUUUCGUGCGGUGUUAAUGAAAUACAUGUGUCGACAACAGGGA